AUUAGUAUCAACGAAACAAUUAUCACGAGCUUGUUGUUGCCUACGUAGAGCUACUUGUGCUGCCAUUACCCUUUGCCUUUCAACAACGAAAACCGUUGAAGGAUUGUAAUAUUACGUAAAUGAUACUCAAAAUGUGGAAAGGAAGGAAGGAAGGAAGGAAGGAAGGAAGGAAGGAAGAAAGAAAGAAAAAGAAAAAAAAAACAAAGAAAAGAAAAAGAAUAAGGAGUAAGAUGAUGAGUAGAGAAAAUCUUAGAGGAAGUUCACGGUGUGCCACUCAUGCGUUAUGAAAACAUACUCGAAACUAAUAUUAACUGUGUGUUGGCAACAUACGAGAGAGGAUCGUAUUAACGAGCUCUUAGAACGAGAUCACAGAACGAAUGCCAUGUGUUUGCAGCUGGAAGUAUGAUUUCUCAUGACUUACUUGAAGAAAAUAUCAUCAACAUCUUUAAGAAUUUGAUAAUCUUAAAAUCCUAAGAAAAAAAAAAAGAAGAAAACUAAAGAAAAUUGAAGAUUAACUUUGCAAUGCCACAUUGCACAACAAAUUUUGCUUGGUAUCUCGGAAAAUUUCUCAUUGGAUUUACAGGAAUGCUAAUUUUAUAUAUGAGCUUUUUGAAAGACAAGUAAAAUAGAUACAUAUCACGAGUUAACAAUGGCAUUAAGUUUACGCGAUAUUAAAAAUCUAUAUACUUGUUUAUCAGAGAAUCCACUUAUCCGUAUAAACCAGGAACGAAAGUACCAUUAGCAGGAAAAAAGAGUCAAAAGUGAGUCACGCUAGUCAUACGCGCGAGCAUACAUACGUUCUUCUGCAAUUCCAUUAUUUUUAACUAAUUUAUGAGUUAUUUAUGAGUUAUGUAAAAAUUAAAUAUGAAAGAGUAAUCCGUGUCGUAUGACUAGCUUGGUAGCGAUCAGAUAGAUGUGAAUGCAACGAAGCAAUGCAAGCAGAAAAGUAUGGCUGCACAUGGUACGAAAAUAGGGGGAAAUGUUGUUUGAAAGAAAGAUGUUAUCCGAGGACGAUCGCAACGAAAUGUCUCGUUAAGAACAACAAUGCUGUUAAUAUGAGGACACGUCGAUCUUUCUAUUCUAAAAAACAAGCGAAGUUUCUAGAUUUGAUUAUUCGUAAUGAAAAAAUAUAUUCCUGUAAGUGUCAUUGGUACAAGUCCAUUAAUGGUACUUGUAUUAGACACAAAUCAAAUAAAAUCAAAGGACGAAGGUGUAUACGAGUUUCGGAGGAUGUCGUGGCCGAUCUCUGGAAAAUACAAAGGGUAUGCGACAUGAUAAGAUCACAGGGUAAUAUUGCAGAAGGACGACAAUUUCAAGAUGAAUCUGUGAAUAUUGAAAAAUUGAUACAAGAGGAAACGACUUCGAGUUCAUACGUCGAUGCUAAAAAUUGUUUCGUUCAAGACGCUUACACUCAAUCUGUGUGUGAAAAUGUAGAAAAAGAAAUCUAUGAUUUUCGAAAGAACAACGAUGAGAAUGAAUCGUUUAAUCGCAAAAAUAAAAUCGAUUUUAAGAAGAAAAUAAUUUCUAAUGAAAACUCAACGGAUCUAUCAUUUAAAUUUAACAAAAAAGAAAUAGAAGAAAUAGAAGAUAAAUACGAAAGGAUAUCUUUAAAUUGUGAUUACGAAUGUAAGGAAAGUAUUAACAUUGAAACUUCAACCUGUUUGAAAGAAGAAAAUAAAACAAGUACUAUAGGUACAUGUACCGUUUCCAAAAAUGAUACUGAUCUACCGUACGUUCCUGAGCUUAAAUUAAAAGAGACAUGUGAUUGUAAACCAGAGUGCAAUUGCGAGUAUGAAUUUUCAGAAGAACCUUUUGGAGACCAUGAUAUCGAAGAAAAGAAUAAAUAUGAAAUUUGGAAGAACUAUGAUCGAGAAACGAUACCAAACAGAUCUAAACAAAAUCGAAAGUUGAAUACUAGAAAUCAAACUCAUUGGAAUUCGUAUAUUACUAAUCCUUCUUAUUGUGAAUAUAAUCGAAAUGUUUAUGACGAGGUAAAAUCGAGUACAAGUGCAGAAUCUUUGAUUUAUCCAGGAACAAAAACGAAGGUAACACGUACCAGUAACCAUGACCGAGACUAUUUAUUAUUCUUAAAACGUUUAGAAAGGAUCAAAAAGGAUCCUCGACAAAGGGAAGAUAAUUUUGCCUUUCCACUAGUCCGUAGAAUUAAUAUUAAGGAAGAUCGUAGAGAUCGAUGUGAUUAUAGCGAUCGAUUCUUGUGCUGUUGUAAACGUCUUAAUUGUGAUAUAAAACGAAAAAUGGUUAUUGAAGAUAAAUUCGUGGAGACUGAAACGAGUCAAUCUAGAACGUCAUCCUCUUCAACGAGUAUUACGUCUAAAGAUUACGAUAAAUCCUCUCGAUCAUUUCUAUACGAUAACAAUUGUAAAUGUCGAUAUUGUUGUACCUUUACAUCUAAUGAUUUACAAUCGGAAAUAGAAUACAAAGGCAUUGAAAGAGAAUCAUCAAAAAUCCAUUAUCCAUCAAAUCCAUUAUCAUCAAACAUAACAUAUAAUGAUGAUAAUAAUAAUUAUUAUUAUUAUUAUAAUAAUAGUAAUAAAAAUUCAAUUCGUCAUUUUAAUGUUAUGAGAUUAUAUUGCAAAAAGACAUUGCCUCUAAUGUAUAGAAGAUUGGAAAAUCGUAAAAAGUGGAUCAAUAAUCGUACGUUAUGUGAAUGAUCAUAUAUUGUGUUUAAUAAAUAAGUCAAAGGAUUUUUUUUUUUUUGCUCGGCAAAUAUAUUAUGCGAAUUGGAGAAGGAAAGAAUAAAGGAAUAUGAGAAAAACACGUCGUGUAUAAUGAAAGAAAAGGGAAAAGAGAAUAAAAAGAAAAAACUAAGCCAAUAGAAAAUAAGAGAAGAAAAAGAAAAUAAGUUAAAUGCUAAAUGCUAAAUGCUUUUUCAAUUACGUAGUAUUACUUUUUGAUAAUAGAUAAUAAAUCAAAGUCAAAUGUAUGAUCAUUUCUUCUCUUCAUUGACGCAAAUGACAUUAUAAAAAUGUAAUUAAUUGUCCUGAUUAAAUAAAGAACGAAUUGUCGAUCGAGAACGCAUCGAUCGCCGAAAGUUAAUAAUACAGAGGAGAAUGAAUCGAACUAACGACUCAUGUGUUAGUUGCUAGAUCCUAUGAAUAAAUUGGACAUGCUUUAAAGAGAUACGAGUGGUCUGGUGUGUGCCCGGAAAAUGUGAAACUCAAUUAAUAUGCGUCCCGUGUCUCUAGGUGAAGUGUCUAUAAGUAGAUCGGUUGCGGACACAACGUCAGUCAUAACCAUACAUUAUUUUCUGCUGUAGUGCGGAGAUAGCCUUCUUUCUGCUAACGAGAUGCUCUGACAAUUUCGUUAGCAAUAUAUUUAAUACACACACAUACACACACAGACAUUUAUAAACAUGUUCUUCUAUCUUCGUAUAUAGAUUUCAGAUUGAUUUUUCAAGAUGCUCUUAUUAUAAAACAACAUAUAUAAUUUAAAUAACAUUCAUUUAUUUAAUACUCAUUCUAAUUCUAAUUCUAAUUCUAAUAUAAAAUCUUUCCUUUCUUUCUUUCUCUUUUUUUUUUUUUUUGUUUU